ACAAAAGGGGGCGAGAGAGCAAAUCGCAGGUGGUCGUAGUACUCUUCCCAUCUCUCACACAGCGGCGGACAGUCUCGGCUCUCAACCACUCCCUCUUCUCCCCCCCCUCUCACCUUCAAAACCCUAACCUCCAAUCCCUUCUCGUCUCUCGCUCCCGCAUCCCCUAAUCGCGCCUCUUCCAGCUUCGUUCGGCGGCCCCCACUCCAAGGAUUUCUAGCCGUAGAUCGAGCCAAAGGUGGUCAACGCUGGCGGAACCUAGGGUCGGGUGAUGGCGGAUCCGCUCCGUCGCCGCCGCCGCCUAUCGGGAAUCAGCGUCGUGCUUACGAGAUCGGGGUCGGAGGUGGAGGAGGUUUUGGGGCUGCUAGGGUUUGGACUUGGGAGGGUCGAAUUGGACGGCGGGGAAGUAUGCUGACCGUGCUGCGGGUUCACCUGCCGUCGGAGAUCCCUGUGGUUGGCUGCGAGAUUACGCCUUAUGUUCUCUUGCGCCGGCCGGAUGGCUCCAUCUCGACUGACGAUGUCCCUGAAUCUGCCCCGCUCAAUGGCUACUGCAUGAGAUAUAAGUGGUACCGAAAUCAAGGUGAUCAAAGAGUUGCUGUAUGCAGUGUACACCCAACUGAGCAAGCAACCUUACAGUGCCUUGUUUGUCUUAAGGAGAAAGUGCCUAUUGCCAAGAGUUACCAUUGUACUCCUAGGUGCUUCUCUGAUGCUUGGCAGCACCAUCGCUCAUUGCAUGACCAAGCAAAGAAAACAGUAAAUGAAAAUGGAACUGAUGAGGAAGAGGUCUUUGGACGCUUUAAUAGUAGUGGAUCUGGAAGUUUUAGCACAGGGCUGUCUGGUGUUGCACCUAAUUUAGUACAGAGUCCAGGCCUUAAUAAUGGUCCAAUUCCUAUAUAUCCUACAACUGUUGCUGAAAAAAAUGGGGAAACCUGGUCUGAAGUAGCCUUUUCUAGGACAUAUACUCCAACAGCUGAUGAUAUUAAUCAUGUUCUUAAGUUUGAAUGUGUAGCAAUAGAUGUGGAGACAAGAAUACCUGUUGGAAAUGUCAAUACUGUUUUGACAUCACGAGUAAUUCCAGCCCCCUCUCCAACUCCUCGCCGCAUGGUUCCAGUGAGUGGGGACCUCUUGGGGCAGUUAGAUCUAGAUGGCCGAACAUCUUCUGGGACCUUCUCAGUUCUUUCAUACAACAUUCUCUCUGAUGCAUAUGCUACAAGCGAGGCUUAUAGCUAUUGCCCAACCUGGGCCCUUUCGUGGCCCUACCGCAGGCAAAACUUGCUGCGGGAAAUUAUUGGCUACCAUGCUGAUAUACUUUGUCUUCAAGAGGUCCAACAUGAUCAUUUUGAGGAAUUCUUUGCUCCAGAAUUUGAUAAACAUGGAUAUCAAGCAUUUUACAAGAAAAAAACUUCAGAGGUUUAUGGUGGCAAUCCAAAUACUGUCGAUGGUUGUGCUACGUUCUUCCGCAGAGACAGGUUUUCACAUGUUAAAAAAUAUGAGGUUGAAUUUAAUAAGGCUGCACAGUCUUUGACAGAUGUUGCAAUGGCAGCUGGUCAGAAGAAAGUUGCUUUGAGUCGUUUGAUAAAGGAUAAUGUAGCCCUCAUUGUGGUCUUGGAAGCGAAAUUUAGUAAUUAUGGCACUGAUAAUCCCGGAAAGAGGCAGCUAAUCUGUGUGGCAAACACCCAUGUAAGCGUUCAUCAUGAGCACAAGGAUGUUAAGCUUUGGCAGGUUCAUACUCUUUUAAAAGGACUGGAGAAAAUUGCUGUUAGUGCUGAUAUUCCAAUGUUGGUCUGUGGAGAUUUUGACUCUGUGCCCGGAAGCGCUCCUCAUGCACUUCUUGCAAAUGGCAAAGUUGAUCCUUUGCAUCCAGAUCUGGCCGUAGAUCCUGUGGGAAUUCUGCGUCCUACGAACAAGAUAACUCACCAGCUUCCAUUGGUAAGUGUGUACUCGUCAUUUGCUAGAAUGGCAGGAGUAAGUCCUGGAUUAGAGCAACAGAGGAGGAGAAUGGAUGCAUCGACACAUGAACCUUUGUUCACAAAUUGCACCAGGGAUUUUAUUGGCACUGUUGAUUACAUAUUCUAUACAGCUGACUCUCUGUCAGUGGAAUCUCUGUUGGAGCUCCUAGAUGAGGAAAACCUACGCAAGAACACUGCAAUUCCUUCUCCUGAAUGGUCAUCUGAUCAUAUAGCACUCCUGGCACAAUUUCGGUGCAAGCCUAGAAUUAGACGCUGAAACAAAGUGGUACCUCAGCCUGAUUUGUUCGUGUUGUAUCAAACAAGUGAGUUGGUUAACCGUGAAGACCGCCUGGUUAGUCUCUUGGAGGGGGUAGAUAUUGUUUCUACUGCCCUUUUCACUAUGUACCUCUCAUGGGCUCAUCAGUUAUAUGUAUCAUUGUACUGUCUCAUAGCUAAGUUAUGCGAAAUGCGUGCCGUGCCGAGCCGUGCCCUUUUGCCA